GAGGCCAGACACUGGGGUUAGGGGAUGGAGGCGGAAGGGGUUGCUGCGCUCCUGCUGUAAUACUCAGAUUAACUGGGUCAUUGUGUAAAACGCAAGACCCGGGGGCCAAACCCGGCCGCCUCGUCACUCGUGUCGGGUCGGCUUGUAAAGGCUUCUUCUAUCCCAGAGACGUGAGUAAGCAAAUGCUCUCUGGAGGCUGACGGUCAACCUGAUCACUGAAACUCUCCGGUCCACCGGUAUAAAUCAGCAUCAUCACAUAUCACUUUGUGAAACGGAUACGGUCGCGUCAAACAGAGCGGAUGUGACAUUUAGCGAAACAUGUCUUUCAUGAUCAGAAAUGUUGAAAUGAGUGUGAAAUUAAAUCGCAGGAAAUACUAGAAAGCGAAGUGUGAGCUAUAGCAGGGUGGAUAUAUACCCGUGUGUUUGUGCUUUAAGGUUUUGUAUCGUGAAGAUAAACCUCAGAAAUGUCUGGUGUUAAAAUUGGCCUCCAAGGGAAGGCAAUAUUAUGCUUAGAAGCGCCAGUCAAUUCCUAAAACUCUGCCGCAUCAUGUGUUGACUGCGUCGAUGAAGAAAAUAUGGAACAUGAAACUGUCAAAACAGAAUCAGUGACGUUUCCGAGGGUAAAACCCAAGGUUAGAGUUCCAUUAGGGGUGGAAUGAAUACAAAUAUUCAAGUGUUUUGACAGUGGUGAACUCUUCUCGUCUGCUGAACUUCUACAAGACAGUUACCUCGGAAAGAUGUUAUUAUUUGGAAGUGGUUAUGCAGCAAUAUAAGAAUGAAAUGGCCGAAUCAACGUUGUCAUGCUUGACCUGAGACUAGAUCAGAUCAGAUUCCCUUCAUUCUUGCCAUGUUGAUGUCUUAGAAGCGACUUUCAUUUCAUGUGAAAACCCAUGGAUUUGCCUGCAGCUACAGGUCGAGCUGCUAUAAAUAAACACCAUUGUUACACAAUAACGCGCUCCACAGGAGCUGCCAAAGCAAUGUGUCGAACCUGGUGCCAGCAGAAAUUAAAAACCAGCUUUGUGUUCCUCUCAUUCAGGAUUGAAGUGUUUAUAUUUGCAGUUGUUGAUAUUAACAAAUGAAUAAAAUAUAUUUUAUUUUUCUCAUAAAUCAUGUUUCAGUUAGCCGUUUACUUCAAAUAUAUUUGACAUGUUAAAAAGUGACCAUUAAUAUCAACAAUGAAGAGAAUUAGCUUUUGACUUCAUGAGGGAGGGAUUUUUUUUAACUGAUACAGGUUUUGUUGUGAAAAAACAACAUCUAAUCUAGUCCAAACUUCCUUUUUUGUACACCGAAAUUGAUGAGUCAGCGUCAGAUUUUAGAACUUUGUUAUGGCACUGACAGGCAGUAGCUAUGUUGGACGUGCACCCAAUGAUGACAACAAAGGCUGUGAUUCUGAACAGAUUCCUUUCAUGAACUUCAUGACUAAAGAAUCACGUAGAAUGCGGAAAAACUGAUGUCUCCUCUGGUGCAAAGGCAUUUGGCAGAGACUCUGAGUAGAGCCUAAUCUCAUGUCGAGGUUGCUCACGAAUGGAUAACUGAAACUGCAUGUAUUUCAAGAGACACGUUCUGAGGGAAACCGGACACCCCAGCAGACUGAAAAACGCCCUGGUGGAGCACAUCAUCUUCAGCCCCAAGGAGCUGCUGAAGCUCAGCGUUCCCUCCGUCGUCUACGCCAUCCAGAACAACAUGGCCUUCCUCGCCCUGAGCAAUCUGGACGCUGCCGUCUAUCAGGUGACGUAUCAGCUAAAGAUCCCGUGCACGGCCUUGUGCACAGUCUUGAUGCUGAACCGCUCGCUCAGUCGGCUGCAGUGGUUCUCCGUCUUCAUGCUGUGUGCAGGCGUCACGCUGGUGCAGUGGAAACCUGCCGAGGCCACCAAAGUUCAGAUUGAGCAGAACCCAGUGCUUGGCUUCACAGCCAUCGCGAUCGCAGUCUUGUGCUCUGGAUUCGCAGGUGUGUACUUUGAGAAAGUACUGAAGAGCUCCGACACGUCUCUGUGGGUGAGGAACAUCCAGAUGUACCUGUCGGGCAUCGUGGUCACUCUGAUCGGUGUUCUGGUGACCGACGGCGAGAACGUCUUGGAGAAAGGCUUCUUCUUCGGCUACACGCCCUGGGUGUUGUUCGUGAUCUUCCUGGCCAGCGUGGGCGGCCUGUACACGUCCGUGGUGGUCAAGUACACCGACAACAUCAUGAAGGGCUUCUCUGCAGCAGCCGCCAUCGUGCUCUCCACCGUGGCGUCCGUCAUGCUGUUUGGACUGCAGAUCACCAUUACGUUUGCCUCCGGCGCGGCCAUGGUCUGCGUAUCCAUCUAUCUAUAUGGACUUCCCAAGCAGGACACGUCCAAGGUCUCGCAGCUGGACAUGGACAAGGAAGCCAAACAGAAACUGAUCUCGGUGUGAAACCCGAAUCCCAGCGGAGUCUCGGCCUUCGGGCCGCGGUGGCGGGAGCCGUCGCUCUGGGUGCGAACUGUGCUGGUCCUCUUUGUGGAGGUCAACUCCCAAGAUCUUCCACGCUGCAGGACUGACAGCUCUGCGAGUCAAGACUCACAGCGAACCUACAUGCCAAAAUGAGGUUGUAUUUUUAAGUGGCCUAAUUUUUGUUUGCAAUCAUUGUUUGUAAUUUAGCUUAAAUUAUGACGAAUUACUGGAAUGUGUUACUCUCUUUUUUUACUUUCACUACGUCUUUUAGGAUUAUUUAAGGCUGAUUUUGUGUUGGACGGUGCAGGUUCGAACCAGACGCGCGAUUGUAGGGCAAAUCGCCAGUGAACUCUGCUCUAAUGCCUUAUGAGGUGCACCUGUGGAACUAAAAUCAUGUAUGUAUGUUGGGGGGGAUGGGAGUGGGGAGGGGGGGGGGCAGCUGCUGAAGUAUGAACCGGUGUGUUUCAGACUGUGAAAUAAGGUGUCAGGUGGAGAAGUCCAAACGGUCGAACGAGGUGGGAGGAAAGCUGCUGAAGGGGGUUGAGGAAUGAGCCUUGGGGGACUCCAUAUUUGAUACAUGGGACCAAUAAAGUCAGACUCAAGUCACUUUACAUGCCAUCUGUUUGUCUUGCGUUUUGAACAUUGUUUUGGGUGCGUGUCACCAGUCAGGAGGAAGAAACGCCCGGGGCACAUGAACAGACUGCAUGAAGACCUGAUACCAUAUUUGUUCUGUUUGACUUUGAUGAUGUCGUCUUUUAAAUAAAAGCCGGAUUCAGGAUGUGUUAGUUCUCAUCUCUGCCUGUCUUAUCGAGUAAC